UCUUAUAUUAAAUUCAAAUCCUUUUUCUCUGAACCCACUUCAUUUUCUUUUCUUUCCUUCAUAUAAUCUCUUUCUCUCACUCUCAUAAUACUUUACCUGUCACACUCUGGAUUCAGUGCUGACAUUUCUCCCAGAAAUUCAACAAGCAAAAGCUUUCUGUUAUCCACAAAAUUUCACUCCUCAUUGUGUGUUAACUUGCAAGCUGACACAUGGGAAGACACUCUUGCUGUUAUAAGCAGAAGCUUAGGAAGGGUCUGUGGUCACCAGAGGAGGAUGAAAAACUUUUGAGACAUAUUACUAUGUAUGGUCAUGGAUGUUGGAGUUCAGUUCCUAAGCAAGCAGGUUUGCAGAGGUGUGGUAAGAGCUGCAGGCUUAGGUGGAUCAACUACUUAAGGCCUGAUUUAAAGAGAGGUGCAUUUUCACAAGAAGAGGAAAAUCUCAUCAUUGAACUUCAUGCAGUAUUAGGGAACAGAUGGUCUCAAAUUGCAACACAAUUGCCUGGGAGGACUGACAAUGAAAUAAAGAAUCUGUGGAAUUCUUGCUUGAAGAAGAAACUCAGGCAAAGAGGUAUAGACCCUGUCACUCAUAAACCACUGUCUGAGGUUGAAAAUGGAAAAGAGGACAAAAACAAGAGCCAAGAGAAAGUUUCCAAUGAAUUGAACCUCCUGAAAUCAGAGAGUUUCAAGUCUGAUGCAGCUUCGUAUGAACAGAAUUCCUCUUCAAUUGCCCCAAAGGCUUAUACAACUGAGAUGGAAGGUUCUUCCAGCUCCAAUUGUUCUAGUAAAGACUUGCUCCUAGACAGGUUUAUGAGCCAACCCCAAAAUUUGAUGGGAAAUUAUUACCCCCUUCAAAUGAGUUUUGCAUCCACUGAUAGUGCCCCAACCAAUUCAAACUCUUGUCAUUGGUUCAGCCAAAUUGGGAGGCCCUCUGAUGUGAACUCUGAAUAUGCUUCUAAUAUUAUGUCUAUUCUUCCCCCAACUAGUUCUUUUUGCUACAAACCAUCACUUCCCGUUCCCUUAGAAGAUAUUUCUACACCCUCUUUUGCUGUGAAUGGAUCCAAUUACUGGGAAGCCAGUGCUUCCAACAAUAGCAAUAGCAGCAACACAAGUGAUGGCAUUGGCAGCAGAGAGCUGUCAAGUAGCAACAUCCUUUCUUCUUCUUCUUGGGGUUUGACAGAUUGUAGCUCCUCUACUGAAGAAGCCAAGUGGUGUGAGUACCUUCAAAACCCAAUGUUAAUGCUGGAAGCUGCACAAAAUCAAACACCUUCCAAGCAUUUGGUGCCUGAUACUUUAGGGGCCAUGUUGCCUCAUUCCAAGCAGCAAGAAGAACCUUCCCAAAGUUCUAGUAUCUUUUCCAAGGACCUCCAGAAGCUAACAGCAGCCUUUGAAAAUAUAUAGCAGCAGGUUUGACAUGAAGAAAGAUUUUAGAGGCUCCAAGGGAUCUCUGCUCAUAAUACAUAGCAUGUUUGGUUCUGGGGUAGAAAGGGAUAUGACUUUCCUGCAGUUACAUUUUAAUAAAGCCACUGCAAUAACAGUUCCAUAGCUGCUUGAUCAAGAUUGAACUGUUCAAAUUUAAAUUCACAUUUUAUAUGUAUAAUUAAUCUCUUUAAAUCUAAGUGGUCCGAUCUUGAUGAAAUAGCUAUGGAGCAAUGACUGCAGUGAAUUUAGGAAAAUUCAACUGCAUCAAAUCCAAAUACAUACUGAUGGCAAUGUCAAUCCAAACAUGCUAUAAGGUGGGGUGUGUAACCAAAGAUUUUGCAUUUGUAUAUAGGUGUGUCACAGAAUAUUUCUUUCACCCUCUUUGCCUUUGGUAAUAUUUGUGUGCCAAAUCAUUUGUCUUAAUUAGCCUUCUAGGGUGUGGGUAGAAUUGCCUAAUAAAGAUUGCUCUGCCUUGUUUUUCUUA